AUGGCAAGCAACGACGCAUCCGUUCUAGAGCGCCUGCGUGCGAAGGGGCAAAUUUCGGCCACCGCAUUCACUCAAGUAACCCAGCAGUAUAUUGCUCGUCCCUCAUCAACUGCGGGCUACUCUGAUUCGAAUUCACCACAUUCACUUACUUCUUUGAACGGAGAACCGUUACCCACAUUAGCCACAACAAAACCGCCAAUGUCUGGACUUGGAAGUCAAUCGCCAGGCACGCCAAUGAGUACGCCCAAGAGUCUUGGUCGUCCUCCAUCAACAGCUAGUGACUCUGGCUCACCACAUUCAAAUGUGUCUUCUAACAGAGCCCUAUUGCCUUCAUCGGCGUCAACGAAGUCAUCAGGGAGUACACUUGGAAGUAGCACUCCAAUUUCAGACAAACCCAAGACAACUAGGGUGCCAGACUAUUUGGAAUCCCUCAAAAGCGCCGCAUAUUACGCGAAGGAAGUUCAAGUUGCUGAAUCAAAAAUUGAAAAGUUUGCUGAGGACUCCAUAACCCUACAAUGGCGUAAUGUUGGAUAUGCCCUUCCCAAAGGACGUGGAAAGGAACCUAAACGAAUAUUGAAGAAUCUAUCUGGUGAUGCCAGGCCUGGCGAGGUGAUUGCUAUUCUGGGAGGCUCUGGUGCAGGCAAAACAUCGCUGCUUAACGUAUUAGCAGGUCGAGUAACGUCUGGAGUGAUUACUGGUGACAUUCGCAUCAACAACCAGAAACGAGAACGUCACUCUUGGAAACGUUUGGUCGGGUAUGUUGAGCAAGAUGAUUUGAUAGAUGAGACACUAACAGUCAGAGAAUUGUUGACAUUGGUUGCUUCUCUCAAGCUACCGGAAGAUAUGACUGCUGAGGAGAAGCUCCAACUCGUUGAUGAAGUUAUCAGCCAGAUGCGUUUGAACGACUGCGAAAACACCAUUAUCGGUGACUCUGUAAACCGUGGUAUUUCUGGCGGUGAGAGGAAGAGAGCUCAUAUUGCCAUGGAAUUAAUCACCAGUCCUAAAUGCAUGUUUUUUGAUGAACCAACAACUGGUCUGGACUCCUUCAACGCUUACCGUGUGAUUGAUGCCAUUCGGGAGACUGCCAAAUCUGGAAACAAAACCAUGAUGAUGGUGGUUCAUCAACCACGUGAAGAAAUCCUCGCCAUGUUUGAUCGCAUUAUUCUCCUUUCUCAAGGUCGUCUAGCAUUUACUGGAAAUCUUGAAGAUGCGAUACGUCAUUUCACCACAUUGGGAUUCCCGUUUCCAAUGUCGACGAAUCCAGGGGAUUAUCUGCUGGACAUCACCACAACAGAUCAUUCAGCAACCGCUCGACGAGCAAAAACCAUCAAGAACAUAACCAAUCACUGGCGUGAUCACAAGAACCAGAACAUAUACCCACCUUUCUCCAUUCCACCUGUUGAAGCUCUCAAGGCUUCUGGGGAAAUUCAAACCCCUAGUCAUCUCAAGAAUGUCUUAAGAAACAUUCGUCGAUGGACUAUUCUUUCACGUCGCAAUUGGAUUCAUACUAUGCGGGACAAGGACACAACUCUCGUGUUGAUUAUUCAAACUGUCACAGUGAUCUUUCUUUUUGGGUGGCUCUUUUGGCAGCAAAAUCUGGACCAACCAUCCAUUCCCAACCGUCUUGGAAUACUUUUCUUUCUUGGAUUGGAACGUUUUCUGAUGGGCUUGUUUCUCAUUGUCCGAAUUCUCCCUUCGCAACGUGCCUUGAUUGUUCGAGAACGAGGCAAAUCUAUGUACACGGCUUCUGAAAUCUACUUUUCCAAAUACUUUACGGACUUGAUUACCAUUUUCAUCCAGCAUGUCAUCGUCUUAAUCGCACUAUAUUUCAUGGUCGGACUGCAAGUAGACGCAAGCAAAUUUGGAAUUUAUUUCGGAAUGGGAAUUCUGCUCAGCCUAAUUGCCCAUUCACUUGGAUAUCUACUUGGAGCUAUUGCUCCUAGUGUAGAAGUUGGACUAGUGAUGGCUACUAUGAGUGCUUCGAUCUUUGGAAUGUUUUCUGGAAAUAUGGUUACUCCAUCAAACAUUCCCAUUUGGCUUCGAUGGAUUAUAUAUGUCAAUCCACUAUACUACACCUUCUCCAGCUGGUCACAAAACGAAUUUACGGGCCUCGUUUUCAACUGUCCUGGCCGAGGUUGCAUUCCGGAUGGAGCCACAGUACUCUCGUAUCGAGAUUUGCAAGGAGUGCCAAUCGUUUUCGCUGCAUGUGCUCUUUGUGGCUUGUGGCUGGUCUUUACAUUGCUAGGAUACCUAGCAAUCCGUGGCAAGACUCGAGCUCCUAGAAUCAAACUCUUUGUGUAA